AUGGCGGCCUGGAGCCUGAACACGAAAGCUAGAAGGCUAGUAGUACAGGGACCAUACAACACACCCAGUCAGCUAAGAGCAAAGAAGUUGUCCUCUGCCUGCAUGAUGGCAUGCCCACGGACCUGCUCCUGCAUCCUGGGGCUGAGCUUGGGGACUGCAGCCCUGUUUGCUGCUGGGGCCAACACAGCACUGCUCAUUCCUAAUUGGGAUGUGACCUACCUGUUGAGGGGCCUCAUUGGAAGGCAUGCCAUGCUGGGCUCUGGGCUCUGGGGAGGAGGCCUCAUGGUAGCCACUGCAGCUGCCCUCAUCUCCUUGAUGGGCUGGAGAUAUGGCUGCUUCAGUAAGAGUGGGCCCUGUCAAAGUGUGCUUACUGCUCUGUUGUCAGGUGGCCUGGCUUUGCUGGGAGCCUUGAUUUGCUUUAUCACUUCUGGUGUAGCACUGAAAGAUGGUCCUUUUUGCAUGUUUGAUGACUCGUCCUUCAAUCAGAUGCAAGCUUGGAAAUAUGGUUACCCAUUCAAAGACCUGCAUAACAGGAAUUAUUUGUAUGACCGUUCACUCUGGAACUCCACCUGCCUGGAGCCCUCUAAUGCUGUCGUUUGGCACGUGUCCUUCUUCUCCAUUCUUCUGUGCAUCAGCGUCCUCCAGCUUCUCCUGGUGGUCAUUCAUUUCAUUAACAGUUUCCUGGGCCUUUUCUGCAGCCUCUGUGAGAAGUGA